UCAGCUCUCCCGGCUGACGUUGCCAUAGGCGACGCGUUGCCCAACUCCAAGAUGGCGGCGGCACGGCUUCGUCUGCCCAUUAGGGAGUAGGCGGAAGCAUGCAGCGGACCGCGGCGUGGGGAUGGCGGCUGGCGCUGCUGGCCCGAGCCUCGGUCCCCGGCACCGGGUCUGGCUCUCGUCAGGGAUGCAUCCGAGACGGCAUCGGGAAGAGGCGGCCGUGGCCCAGUCCGGCGGGCGGGCUGCGGUGCUGGCGGCGCCCGCUGAGUUCCGGGCCAGACUCGGGGCCCCAGCCCGCGGCUGCGCUAGGCCGGGUACAGGCCUCUCACUACCAGCUGGUCUACACCUGCAAGGUCUGUUGGACGAGGUCAGCUAAAAGGAUCUCCAAGCUUGCCUAUCAUACUGGCGUGGUGAUUGUGACAUGUCCCAGCUGUCAGAACCAUCAUGUUAUUGCUGACAACCUGGGCUGGUUUUCAGACCUGGAUGGGAAGAAGAACAUUGAAGAAAUCCUGGCAGCUCGAGGAGAGAAGGUGAGGCGUGUGACGGGUGAGGAGAUUCUCGAAAUUAUUUCGAGGGCUGAGGAUGGACCAAAAUCUGCUUCACCCUCUGAGGGGGAAAGCAGCUCAGAUCCUACAGAUGCCACAAGAAAGGACCCAACCUGAUCCAGAUGAAAUGUUGGCUUUUUUCCAUUUUCUCCAUUUUAUUUUGUGCUGGAAAAGAAAGGGAUCUUUGCUUGGGGUUGCCUUUGUUUUUAUAAACAAAAAUUAAUCACCUUCAAAUUCCA